UCUAUAUAUUCUUCUUCCCGGCUUCUAGGGUUUUAGUUGUCGUCGUUGGAUCAAAUCGCGGAGGAAGCAGAGAAGCGUUAGCCAUGGCGUCCACGAAGGUCCAGCGGAUCAUGACCCAACCUAUCAAUCUCAUAUUUCGGUUUCUUCAAAGUAAAGCUCGCAUUCAGAUCUGGCUCUUUGAACAGAAGGACUUGAGGAUUGAAGGGCGUAUAAUUGGUUUUGAUGAGUAUAUGAACCUGGUUCUCGAAGAUGCUGAGGAAGUCAACGUCAAAAAGAACACCAAAAAGACAUUGGGGAGGAUUUUGCUCAAAGGAGACAACAUAACUUUGAUGAUGAAUACGGGGAAAUGAGUGUAUUGAACCUUCAACUCCUCUUUUACCUCAUUGCAGUAGCUGUUGUCUGAGAGGGUUGGUAAACUUGCUACUUGUUCCUGAUUUUAGCCACUCUGUAUGAUGAUAUGUAUUUUCUUCAAGAACAUUGCAAAAGCAUCAAAAUGUAUUCUCAUACUCUUUUAAGAUGGAAGCGAGAUUGCACCAGGUUUUGAA